UCACUUUUUAUACUAACUUAUGACUUAUAUUUUAUUUAUAUAUAAAAAGAUUCUCUUCUUAUAACAAUGUCUUAAUCUGUAUAAUUAAACUUUAUUUUACUUUAAUUAAUUCGGCUUUUUAUUAAAUACUACUAAUUUAUUAGUACAGAAUAUUAUUUUAUUUUAAUUGUGGAUAUAUACUUAAUAUAAAAAAAAUAAUAAUAAUUUGUGUUUUAUUAUAUUUUGUGAUAAUAUAGAAAUAAAAGUGAAAAUUUACGAUGAAGAUAGUUCAUAUUAUUCUUUUAUUUGGAUUCGUAUGGGAAUCUACGUGCGAAGAUGCUAGAGUGGUACAAGUACGUCAAACAAAUCCAGGUGAUAAUGAACCAAAUUUUGUUACACCUGAAUAUAUAUUACCAUGUAGUAGAAGUGAUCCACAGAUUGAAGCAUGCAUUCAAAAGGCAUUUAAUCACUUGAAACCAUACUUGAUCAAAGGUAUUCCGGAACUGGAAUUACCACCCAUUGAACCUCUGGUAAUUCCACAAUUGGGUAUGGAAAAUGGACAAGGUGCUGUUAGAGUCAGAGCAUUGUUUACAAAUAUAACAACUUUAGGGUCAGGAAAUUAUACUGUUAGUAAAGUACGUGCUGAUUUACGUACACUGAGAGUUGAUUUACAACUUAGUAUACCGAAAAUUGAGAUUCAAGGACACUAUGAUGUAAAUGGAAAAGUUCUUUUAUUUCCAAUUCAAAGUCACGGUGACUUCUGGGCUCUUUUUGGUGAUGUUGAGGCAAUCGCAAGAGUUCAAGGAGUUGAAGAAUUGAGAGAUGGAGUUAGAUAUAUGAGAAUAGCUCGUCUUUUAAUUGAUUUUAGUUUAGGUAGCGCACGUUUUCGUGUACAUGAUCGUCUUAUGGGUAAUAAUGUUAUUGGUCAAGCAAUGAAUCAGUUCCUCAAUCAGCAUGCACGAGAAAUCAUUGAAGAAAUGAGACCAGCAGCAAGUUCUAGCAUUGCUGAACACUUUAUGUCAUUUCUAAAUACUGCAUUUACGAAAGUGCCACUUAAGGUUUGGCUUCACGAUACGUAAAUUUUAUUUAAAAAUUUCUUUUUUUUUUUUUAUCUACUUACUGUUUUUCUAUACUUUUUGUUUCUUGUUAUAAAAAUUUUUUUUUUAAUAAUUCAUGUCUAUUAUUCAAGAUUGCGUGAUGAGUGUGAGAAAGCAUUUAUUUCAUUAAAUGGUGAUUAGAAAUGA